GCCAUCUCACAGCUCCAGUACCAACCAGCAACCCAAGGCUUUCGACAAUGAAGUUCAGUGCCAUUAUCGCCGCUGGCGUCCUCUCUGUUUCUGCUCUUGCUAAGAGCGGUUACAAGUAUGAGCGCCUUGACAAGAACGAUGCCGUUCUCCUCGUGGUCGAUAUCCAGGAAGGCCUUUACCAAUUGACCAGAGAUUGGGAUCCUACUCUGUAUCAUCACCAGUCUAUGGCUCACGCUGCUCUUGGUCAGGCUUUCGACAUGCCUGUUAUCCUGACUACCUCCGCCGAUCAGGGCCCCAACGGUCCUCUCAUGCGAGAGAUCCGCGAAAUGUACCCCAAGGCCCCUCUCGUCCAACGCCAAGGCCAAGUCAACGCCUGGGACAGUGAAGAGUUCCGCGACGCCGUCAAGGCCACCAACAAGUCCCAGGUUAUCCUCGCUGGCAUCACCACCGACGUCUGCACCACCUUCCUCGCUCUCUCCCUCCGUGAUGCGGGUUACUCCGUCUGGGCCAACAUGGAAGCAUCCGGCACUACAACCCCUCUUAUCCGUGAUAUUUCCAACGAUCGCAUGCGCGAUGCUGGUGUUCAGGUUGUGAGCUUGUUCUCCAUUGUCUGUGAGCUGAUGCGUGAUUGGAGGAACAAGCCUGGUGCUAAGGAGAUCUACCCUUGGCUUGGACAAUACUACCCUGCUGCUGGUUACAUGGCGCGUGGCCAUGCUGCGGCUAUUACUAACGGCACUAUCCAGCCUGGUGAGGAUGGAUAUACUCACUAUCCUUAGAGCUAGAUUGAUUUCUGGUAUUGGCAGUGUCGUUGCCUAGAUGGAUAAUGACUUGCUCUGGG